UCUCAUGUAUGUAUACGUGAACGUAUAGAGGGGGAUGGAACAGCACGUCUGCGCGAUGUGAAGCAAGGGGUGGGAGAGAGCAAGAGAGUCUCUUUAGCGGGGACCCGACGUGCUUUUCUACCCUCGACGACGACAGUCCUGCCGCACCACCAAAACGUGCCACAUAAUCAUCGGCCAGAUCCUUAUCAUGCGAUGUCGUUGCCGAGCCCGAGACUUCGACAUUACAGGACCAUGACAGCGAUCUGCUUCGUGUGUAACCUGCCGAUCCUGAGUCACCAGGUCGGAUUAAUAUGGCAAGGAGGAAAUGGCUGGGACGAUCUCAUGCGAGAACAGGUGGAGGAGACUACUCUGAGACAAAGAUUAGGUACAGGAAGAAGAGAUUCAGCGACACAGAUCACGUCGAUCUCACCGCCGAACGAGAUCCAAGAAUCAUCCCCUACGAAUCAACGAAGGAGACGAUCAAGUUUGGCCCAAUUAACGGAUAUAAUAAGAGAAUGGGGUGGUGGUGGAACAGGUGGAAAGAGCGGACGUGGUAGUAAGCUAUAUCGUAGAGAAACAUUGGCUGAUAUAGCUAAAUCAUUACCGUGGUCAAGACAGACAACAUCGGACGCCAGUCAUCUGGCCAGUUUGAGAAAAAAACGUGAGAAUUCGGAGGACAGCGGUAUAAGAAGUCAAGCUUCGACGAGAUCUAGAAAGGAUUCAACGAUAAGUGAUUUUAAAAGUGAUCUAGCCAGAUUAUGGAGUAAAAGAGAUGUUCAACCACAACAACCACCAACUGUUAUCUCACCAACACCAAGACGAGGUUCGGGUGAAAGUGCAAGAUCGAGAAGGGAUUCUAUUAUAGCCGGACAAAUUCCUAGUCCAGGCGAGCGAAAGCAUAAUUGCCGUCAUCAUAGACGUCGACAAUCUCAACAAUCACAGCAAUCGGUCGAAGGUGUCGGCGUCACGCCUACUAAAUAUUAUAUCAAUGAUCAAAGACCGAGUGCUUCCAGCACUGAUAGCGGUGCCAGUAAUAUUGCUAGAGAUCACACAGAUACGCGUAGAAAUUCAACGGACAAGAGCGAAAGGUCGAGCAGUUUCGAAUCGAAAAGUCAAAUACCAAUGCUAUCGACGGAAACAAAGGCGGCAACACCUACUACAUCAGGCAUGACUAUCGAUGGUAAAGCUAUGACUAGUACUGCGACAGAAACCAAAAUAUCCAGCGUUACUACAGGAACAACUAUGUCGAGUACUUUGACCGUCAAUGCGAGACCAUCGUCAGAAGUUAAGACUCUUACUUUGGAACCAUCAGUCAAUACUCCAGCCAUUAUAAUGUCCUCUGUAACACCACCGACUGUUUCACCUGUAACUGGAAAUAGUCUCCCACUUCCUGGCACUUCGACCACCGGUAGUUCCAGUCCAGUUGGAUCACCGAGCGUCAAUACAGCACAUCCCUUGUUAGCUACUCGAAGAGAUUCCACCACGCAAUGUUAUUACAAAGGAAAAGAAGCGUCGCCGAAUAAAUUAUCGAAAUUAACGCGGCAGGCAGCGGCAAUAGACGAAUCCGUGCCUCCUGUUGGACGACGUGGUAGUCAACCAACGUUAUCACCUGAUCCAGAUGACGGUGGACGAAAGGCACGCAGGGAUUCGCUCAGUCCGGAUUCCGCGUCUUAUCCAAGACGUCGUGAUUCGAAGAGUCAUUUGAGUCCCGAUAGAACGGUCGAUAAAAGAGAUAUCAGUCCAAGUAGACAGAAAAAAGCUCAAUUGAGAAGACAGUCAACUUCAUAUGCUCAACCACAAAGAUCACCGAGUGGAUCAUCCUGUUCGUCGAGAGAUCCAAGCCCUUGUGCGCGUGCACCACUUCAACAUUCUCAAACAAUGCGAAGACAAUCUACUACAACCGAAGAGAUCCUAAUAGCACGUGGAUUUCGACGACAAAGUACAACCGAAGAGAUGAUCAGAUGUCGAAAUUUUCGUAGACAGAGUUCCCAGAACGAGGACACGGUGGGUCAUCCUUACCAAGUAACUGUUUUUUUAUUUCUUAUAUACUUUACCCUCGUCCAAUCAAUUUUCUCGUUAUUAUUUUUUUUUUUGCUUUUCUCUUCUUUUUCUCUUCUCUUUCUGUUCUCGAUAAAUCAGGUACAAAGAUAUCGAGGACGUAGAGAUAGUUCAGCACAAAUCACCGACGGAACUUUUGCUACAAUGACGGUCGAGACCUCGAGCACUUUUUUCGAUAGCAGCACUCAGACUGAACCGUCGUCGUUGUACGACAACAACCACUACCACGAGGAGUGCCUAAAAUGUAACAGCUGCGGCGUCAAUCUGACGGGAAUCAAUCAGAAAAGGGCGAGGCGAUUCAAAAAUCAGAUACUUUGCGAUCUGCACUUUGCCGACGUGGCGCUGAUGGAGUGCUCGGACUUCAUGCAGCUGUUGCGCAGCUUCAAGCCACACAGUUUAGGCAACGCAGUUGCCAGAAGAAAAUCUUCUAACACAUUGAUCUUCCUUAUGCCAUCGCAGGCAUGUUCAGAUGAAUUCUGUCAGGAGUAUCCGCACAACUUUAUACCAGCGCCUGGUUAUUGGAUCGAAUGCUCGAGGCAACAGAUCACUACUGAUCUUAGCAACGAAAGAAGUGUCAGGGAUGGUAUAGAUCCUGAUGAAAUCGAUGUCAAUCAAUUUUCCUUGUCCGAGGAAAGGGAAUUCGAGACGAACGACGUCCAGAAAAAGAAAACUGCGAUCGAGGAACAAUGGGAAAAGUAUCAAUGUUUCGAAUUGACAUCGGUCGAGCAAGAAACAUAUGAGAAGUACUUUUACGCUUCAGAACAUUGGAAUUAUUUCACCAACGACGAAGAUCUUGGACCUGUUAUACUCAGUAUCAAACAGGAGACGCUCAAUGGACGUGAUCAAUUUAGGAUACUCGUAAGGGCUAUCAGUUAUACGGUACAUGGACUUAUACCAGCCAGCUGUGUCUUCGCUGAUCGGUACAAUCGAGAAGAGGUUGUACGUAGUCUUGGUAAAGAGGUGAACAUCAAUCCACCGUUGACGCUUGGCCAAUUGCCGGACACCCCAGAGGAACUUCUCAAGCUCGAUCAAGCUUUUAUCAAGUCCGAGGUGAAAGUUGGAGUGAUAUAUGUGAGAGAGGAACAAUGUACCGAAGAGGAGAUACUUGAUAACAACGAAAAUUCACCGCUUUUCGAAGAAUUCCUUCAGAUACUUGGUGAUAAGGUCAGAUUAAAGGGAUUUGACAAGUACAAAGGUGGCCUUGAUACAGUUCACAAUUUAACUGGCAUUUAUUCGGUCUAUACUAAUUGGCGAGGCAUUGAAAUCAUGUUCCAUGUGUCGACCCUAUUGCCCUAUGAGAAACACGAUACGCAAAAGCUUCAAAGGAAAAGACACAUUGGCAACGACAUUGUCUGCGUUGUAUUUCUGGAAGCUGAUAAAACAAGAUUCAAUCCUGCCUGUAUAAAGUCACAUUUCUUGCACACAUUUAUAUUGGUACGCGUGAGUCCUGCUGCCCAAACUAAAAGCCCUCAAAAAGAGAUUACCAAAUAUGAGGUAUCCGUGGUUACCAGAGAUGAAGUCGGAGCGUACAAACCUUAUCUGUGGGAACAGAGUGUCUUUGAAAAAGGUCCGAUGUUCCGGGAAUGGAUAUUAACAAAAAUUGUUAACGGCGAAAGGGCGAGUUAUUCGGCACCAAAAUUUGCGAGAAUGCAAGAAAGAACAAGAAGCCAAAUGAUGGAGGAUAUCGUCACUAAUUUGAUCAAUCACGCGGAAACAGGACAAAUUCCAAAACCAUAUAGACGAGGAUCCUGGAGACCGAUUGGACAUAUGAGACCAUUUUCACCCCUCUUAGAUUCAGUUCGUGAUAAAUUCGAGGAUUACGAUCAGUUGGCCAAAGAUUUCACCAAAGUAUUUUUAAACAAUACUGAAAAUGUUUCUUUGAAUGCCAAUCUCUUCGACGUAUCAUUCCUUGUACCUGGUCAACAGAAACAAAAGGUCCGAUUUAUUGGAGUUAGAGCUAUCUUGGCUGUCAGGAGCAGGGUCUUUCAAGAAAUGUUAUAUGGCAUUCAAGCAGGUUUUGGAAGUCCUCAAGUACCAGUCGCCGAAUUGUUAGCUAGACCAGCACCUACCUUGCUUAGUCCGCAAAAACCAAAGAGUUCUAAUUUUCUACAAGUUCCCGACAUGGAAAGUCCUAGGCCCAAAAGUGUGCCCUCAUCACCGAUGGUGAAACGUGCCAUCUCGAGACUUGGAACCAUAACUGCCGGUUGGGGAAGGAGCAUCAGGAAACACGGAAGUAAUACAUUGCAGAGCGAGGAUCGUAAACGAUGGGCCAGUUCACAGGAUUGCAGUAAUAAAGACGCAAAGGAUAAGGAUAAGGCCGCUGAAUAUUUGGCUGUACCAAGGCUCAGCGUUUAUGCUGACGCACAAAAGGUCGAUCGUGCAAAACUUGCCCAAACCGAGUUCGACGUGAUCGAGUUCGAUCCGGAAACCUUCAGAAUCUUAUUGGACUAUCUACAUACUGGCUCUUGUCCUUUGACCUGCAGCAAUAUACCAGGUCUGAUAUGUGCGGCCGAACACUAUGAUUUGCCAGAAUUACUUCAAGCUUGUUUCCAUCACGCUAAACAAUAUCUACGUAUCGAGAUAGUCUGCGUGAUGUUAUGCGCCCUUGAAAAUUAUUAUUGGCGUUAUACAUCGGCGAACGAUUUGAUCGACAUGAUAUUGGCUUUCGUUAAGACAAGAGCUUAUCAACUCUUUCAAAAUCCAGACUUCCUAACAUUGAGCGAGUCGAUGGUACAAACGAUAAUGUCAAGCCGUCCCGAGGUCGCGGAGAUAAAAAAAUUCGAGGCCAUGUUGAAGUGGGCAAAUCAUAGGAUCAAAACGAAACCGACUAAGCUCGAUCCUAAAGUUGAAUUUAAAUGUAUCAUGGAGAGAUUAUGCAACGAUAUCAAUUUGUAUAGAAUACCUCCUCAAGAAUUGGUCAGGAUCGUUUUACCAUCAAAGGCCAUUGAAAAUGAAUUGAUCUUGAAGACAUUAAUGGUCCAAGCGAAAUCGGGAAUCUAUCGUAAUGUUGACAGUUAUCUAGAAGCUUAUCAAGAGAACAUUCAGAAUCAAGAGAGUUUUGAUUACUAGCCAAGGGCUCGUGGUAGAUCGUCGAGUGAGCGACGUCGUGACAGAUUCACGGAGGAUUUACUCAAAUAGAUUGCUGUCUGAAGAGGGAGAGAGAGAGAGAGAGAGAGAGAGAGAGAGAGAGAAAGAGAGAAAGAGAGAUAGAGAGAGAAAGAGAGAUAGAGAGAAUAAUAAUACCUAUGAUUCGAUAUCAAGCUGACAGGCCUUCUACUAGAGAAAUCGUGACCUCUCUCUCUCCUGGCGUAACUUAUGAUUAGAAACAUGCUACCAUGCUACUUGAUGCGUGGGAGUUGCACUAAUUAUACCUUCGCCAACUCUGACAAGCGUUGUGAUUGAUCAUCUGAAAUCGAAUAAGCUCGCACGUCGUCUAUCAUGUUAAUCACUAAGAGAAUAUCGGACUAUGAACAUUAUUAUUACGAUUUACGUAGUAUGUGUAUGUGUACGUGCCGUAUGUUUCGUAUAUACGAUAAUCAAUAUUUUCUCAUGUGCACGUAUUAAAUCGAUCAAAAUCAUUGAAAUAUAUAUAAUAUAAUCGUUAAGACUUUUUAUCGACGGAUCUACGAAGAUAAUUAAAGUGAAUACGACGAAACUUUAAGAUAAAUUAAUCUGCAAAAAAUAAGAAGUGUUUCGUGAGGUUAAUUGCGAUUGAGGAGGAUAGAUAAAAAAAAAAAAAAAAAAAAAAAAAAUUAAGAAAGAAAGGAAGGAAGGAAAGAAACCCCUCCACCUCCCGCUCCUCUAAAAAAAAAAAAAAGAAAGAGAGAAAAGAAAAAAAAUCCCUUCGUCUCUAAAUCGAACUAUCAUUGUCACAGAAAGAGAGAACAAGAAAGAAAGAAAGAAAGAAAGAAAGAAAAAAAGAAAGAGAUAGA